AAAAAAGUUAAAAUAAAACUCUCUUCUUUAAUUUUGAUUCUUCGUCUUCUUAUUUCUUCUCAAAGAAAGAGAUAUUAAGCGUGAGAGAGAGAUGGGAGAUGAAGAUGUUGAUGGGAAGUGUAGAAACAUGUCUGCAUGUUCCUCAACGACUUCGUAUUCAACUAAACUCUUUCUCUUCAUGGUUCCUCUUGUUGUCAUUUCUGCUUUCGUCUUUGUAAAUAUUGGUCCUAAAACUCCAACUUCUUUCUUAACCUCUUUGUCCACUUCUUCUCAUCAUCUCCCUCCUUCUCCGUCUCUGCCUCCGGCUCCGGCGCCGGCGCUAUCUCCUCUGCCACCGGAGAUGCUUCCCUCGUUGUCAGCAUCAUCUUUAUCUACUAAAGUGGAAUCUAUUCAGGAUGAUUAUAAUCGCACGAUUCAAAUGAAUCUGAUCAACGUUACUACAACGAGUAGUAACGUCACUUCUACGGCAUCAUUGGAACCAAAGAAGAGAAGAGUUCUUAGCAAUUUAGAGAAGAUCGAAUUCGAGCUACAAAAAGCUCGAGCCUCCAUUAAAGCCGCUUCGAUGGAUGAUCCCGUGGACGACCCGGACUAUGUUCCUCUUGGUCCUAUGUAUUGGAACGCGAAGGUCUUUCAUCGGAGUUACUUGGAGAUGGAGAAACAAUUCAAGAUAUAUGUGUACAAAGAAGGCGAGCCACCGUUGUUCCAUGACGGUCCAUGCAAAAGCAUCUACUCUAUGGAAGGAAGUUUCAUCUAUGAGAUGGAAACCGAUACGCGUUUCCGGACCAAUAAUCCUGACAAAGCACAUGCUUUUUAUUUACCCUUUAGUGUUGUCAAGAUGGUAAGAUACGUGUAUGAACGCAACUCCCGCGAUUUCAGCCCCAUCCGAAAUACAGUCAGGGAUUACAUCAAUCUUGUGGGUGAUAAAUACCCAUAUUGGAACCGCAGCAUCGGAGCCGAUCACUUCAUACUUUCUUGCCACGACUGGGGUCCUGAGGCAAGCUUUUCUCAUCCACAUUUAGGACAUAAUUCGAUUCGAGCUUUAUGUAAUGCCAACACGUCAGAGAAAUUCAAACCAAGAAAAGAUGUGUCAAUACCGGAGAUUAAUCUACGGACAGGAUCAUUAACUGGAUUGGUCGGUGGGCCAUCACCUUCCAGCCGUCCAAUCCUUGCCUUCUUUGCAGGGGGUGUACACGGACCGGUAAGGCCAGUCCUGCUCGAACAUUGGGAGAACAAAGAUAAUGACAUUAGAGUCCACAAGUAUCUCCCUAGAGGAACGUCUUAUUCUGACAUGAUGCGGAACAGCAAGUUCUGCAUUUGUCCGAGUGGUUAUGAGGUUGCGAGCCCGAGGAUCGUGGAAGCACUUUACUCGGGUUGUGUCCCGGUUCUGAUAAACUCAGGCUACGUUCCUCCUUUCAGCGAUGUAUUGAACUGGAGAUCGUUCUCAGUCAUCGUUUCAGUGGAAGACAUACCGAAUUUGAAGACGAUAUUGACAGCGAUAUCGCCGAGACAGUACCUAAGGAUGUACAGAAGAGUUUUGAAGGUAAGGCGACAUUUUGAAGUGAAUUCUCCGGCCAAGAGGUUUGAUGUGUUUCAUAUGAUUCUUCAUUCGAUUUGGGUAAGGAGAUUGAAUGUGAGGAUCCGUGAGGUCUAAGUUUGGUCGGGUGUGUUUAAUAAAUUUGUCAGAUUUUUGUCUGUUUAGGGUGUGUAAUACAAAUAACUGGAGUUUUCAUGUGUCAUUAUUGUGAAAUCAUUAUUGGUGUUUUCAUGUGUCAAAUAUGUUGAGUGUUUUAGUUCAUUAAUUUUGUAAUAAGCCAAUAAUGAUUAUAUUUGCAUAUUUUUAA